AAUUGACUGCCUGGAAAGCUAAAACCCUGUCACUUGCAGGCAGGGUUACUCUUGUUAUGUCUGUUCUCAACUCCAUCCCCUCUUAUGCAAUGCAAACAACCCCCCUUCCUUUAUCUGUGUGCGAUGAGAUCGAUAGGAAAAUUAGGGGCUUUGUUUGGGGUUCGUCUCUGGGGAAAAGAAAGAGUCACCUCUUGUCUUGGGAUAAGAUCUGUAAACCCAAAGAUCAAGGGGGUCUGGGUCUUAAAAAGGCUAGAAGACUUAAUAUGGCCUACAUGGUUAAGAUUUCUUGGCAAAUGCUUAACAACGAAAAAGACCUGUGGGUGAAAGUGCUUCAAGGAAAGUACUUUAAUCAUCGAGAUGGCCAAAUCAUCUCUAUGAAAAAGUAACUUUUCGAAUCUUUGGAGGGCGGUGGUUAAAGCUAUGCCUAUUAUGAAAAGUGCUACGGUUUGGAGUGUGAGGAAUGGCAAUACCACUGCCUUCUGGUCCCAUCCUUGGACUGAUUAUGAUGUGCUGCUCUCUGACUUUCUUAUUGUUGAUGAGUCCUUGGUUGAUCUGAACUCACCUGUCUCUUGUUGGGUUACCCCCUCGGGUGGGUGGGAUUGGGAAAAGUUGUUCUGCUUAAUUCACCCUGAUGGGUUGUCUUUGCUUGCUGGGAUGGAGCCACCAAAACCUGACCUGGGCGAGGAUACCUCCAUCUGGGGAAUUGAACGAGAUGGGAGCUUCAGUUUCAAGUUGGCCUACUACCUGGUGAAUGAAGACCUGGAGUCUGAAGCGGACAGCAGCUGGAAACUCUUCUGGAAGUGGAGGGGUCCCAACCGCAUCAAACUGUUCCUCUGGCUCGCACGUCAUGAAAGGCUAAUGACCAAUGUGAAGAGAGCUAAAAUGAAGAUUCCUCCCAGCAACAACUGUGGCCACUGUUUGGUGAAUGAGGAGACUACAUAGCACAUCCUCGGAACAUGUCCUAAAGCUACUGGAAUUUGGAGUAAGCUCAAGGAUACCCUCCUGGAUGCAAGCUCUGACUCCCCUUUUCAAUUAUGGAUCCUCACCAACCUGAUGAAUGACGAGAAAGGAAUCCGAUUCGGGAUAAUUUGUUGGAAUCUCUGGAAACAGAGAAACGAGGAAGCUAUUGAAGGGAAGACGUUCUCUCAGGAUGGCUUUCUCCAUCGAGUGAAGCUUGGAUCAACAUUGUUAACCAAGCCUAUGUCAGUGAUAAGAGAAGCUCCCCUGGCGCUAAUCAAGAGAGAAUUACCAGGGAUGUGGCGUGGAAACCACCUCCGGAAGGAUGGGUCCAGGUUCAAACCGAUGGAUCAAUCCUGACGGAUUCUGGGCAGGCCGCGGCGGGGGGAAUCAUUCGGGAUCAUCUGAGGAGAUGCUUGAACUCCUUCGUCUGCAAUCUUGGUUCCUGUACGAUCACGAAUGCGGAGUUAAAUGGAGCUGCUGAAGGUUUGUCCCUCGCUUGGAAGUCUCGGUUCAGGAAGGUGCUGCUUAACCUAGACUCUUCCACGGCCAUCUCCAUCAUAAAAAAUAGCAAGGACA